UCGGUUUUGGUAAAUAUAUAUUUUUUUCUUUGUGUUUUGUUGGAUCGCUUGAUGUGAUGUCGGGCCCGUCGCUCUGCCAUGUAGGUGAAGUCACUCCCUAGUGAUGUAGCUUCGGGUUAUGACACUGGUAGAGCUAUCACUGAAGGUGCUGCUGUGUGAACGAUGCUCGAGCGAUGUCUGAUGUUGAGGCCACGUACGCAGACUUCAUUGCCUCUGGCAGGACGGGACGUAGGAACGCCCUGCACGACAUCCUGCAGAGUCCCACCGACCCCGAGGGACGGGAGCUGCCCCUCACUCUGUCUCUGUCCCAGUUGCACAUCAAUGCAGGAGGGGGAGAGGGAGACAACACAGAGGACAGCCAGAGCUCCUCCUCCUCAGCACAGAGGGAUGCUGAGCAGAGGAACAGCUAACCUGUAUGUGUGACGUGUGUGUUAUGUCUGAUGAAUUUUGUUUGUCCAAAGUGGGCUGGUAGCUGCAGGGUAGCACCACCACUGCUGAGGUGCCUAUAAGCAGGGCAUUGACACCCAAAAAUUCCACUGUAGAAGCACUGUGCUGUGAUGUGAUCAUCCAGCGCUCUCC